GGAUGAUGGUGGUUGGGAGGAAAGAGAGAAGGGGAGGGGACGAAGAGUUUUAUCCUCUGCCAGCAGACCUCUGUCUGGUUUCUCGCGCUAUUUUCUGGCUCCUCUAGCUACGUUGCGGUGCAUUUCCGAUCCUGGUCAGUGCGCACUUGAAGCCAGCCAGCGGGAGGAAUGGCGGAUCAGCCACAUGCAACAAACAAGCGUCAAUAACGUAUAUCGGGCGCCAAAGAGGGGCGCGUCUCAAUUCCGACGCCCGACAGCACAGCUGCCGGCUACCGCGCCUGUCUACUCAUUGCUCCCAGUCCUAUAACUCCUGCUCAGUAACCUCGAUUCGCCUGUAAAACUCUGAGGCACAUCAGAUCCAGCCAAUUCGCUAAACCACGGGUCACCUUGAAUGUUCCCGUAAUCUUUUCCUGGCACGAAAAUGACAUCGAACGUCCCCUUACUGCUUCCUCCGAGUGCGCUCGCUCCUUCCACACCCAAGGACUGUGCAGAAUGGGUUCCAACACAACAUCUUUCUGAGCCUCAGCCUCCGCCCGUUGACGAUGUACGAAUAAUGGAGAUGGAGUUGGCAGCAGCCCGGCAGCUUGCGGAUGGGAAGACGGUAAAGAAGACGCGGCCUCGGCGGACAGUAGACUUUAAUGGGACAAUGGGAAAGUGGAUAAAGCUGCGCAAAACGCGUCCAACCUCAAGCUACGUGCCGUACAUUCGGCCUGCGCCUCCAUACAUUAUCGACCUCCUUCCUCCAUCUGCAUACCCUAACAACGUCUCUACAUCCAUAUGCACCAAAUUCGUCCACACCUCCACCAACAAACUUCGCUGUCCAGUCAAUGUAGUAACCUGGACACCAGAAGCCCGCCGCAUCCUAACGGGUUCGACGAGCGGCGAAUUCACUCUCUGGAACGGCCUCACCUUCAACUUCGAGACCAUCCUGCAGGCGCACGACACCGCCAUCCGCGCGAUGAAGUUCACUAACUCGGGCGCCUUCCUCGCUUCCGCGGACCAGAGCGGCGUCAUCAAGUACUUCCAGCCGAACAUGAACAACCUGACUGCGUGGAACGGACACCGCGAGGCCAUUCGGGGGCUGAGUUUUAGCCCGGACGAUGGGAGGUUCGCAACGGCGAGUGAUGAUUCGACGAUACGGAUUUGGUCGUUUGAGGAAAGCAGGGAGGAGCGGGUUAUGACAGGUCACGGUUGGGACGUCAAAUGCGUUGAGUGGCAUCCGACAAAGGGUCUCCUCGUUUCGGGGAGUAAAGACAACCUCAUCAAGUUCUGGGAUCCUCGGACGGGGACUGUCCUCUCUACGCUCCAUCAACACAAGAAUACGAUCCAAGCCCUCGCGUGGUCACCCAACGGCAAUCUGGUCGCAAGUGCUUCUCGUGAUCAGACCGUCCGCGUCUUUGAUAUCCGUGCGAUGAAGGAGUUCAGGGUACUCAAAGGCCACAAGAAGGAAGUCUGCUCCGUAACAUGGCACCCCGUCCACCCCGUCCUCGUCUCCGGUGGCUCCGAAGGCUCCAUCCUGCACUGGGACCUCUCCCAGCCCGAGCCCUCGACCAUCCAGCCCGCCCUGCCGCCCCGCGCGACCCUCGCGCAGGCACACGACUCCAACGUCUGGACGCUCGCGUUCCACCCGCUCGGGCACAUCCUCGCGAGCGGGUCCAACGACUACACGACGCGCUUCUGGGCGCGCGAGCGCCCCGGAGACGCGUCCUCGGUGUUCGCGGGCGGAGGCGAGAAGCCGCCCGAGGCGGACGCGGGCGGGCAGGACGACGAGGACGAUAUGAUGGUGCCUGGGUUCAGCUUCGGUGCGGGUGCGGGCGGCAACGGGUUCGGGUCUGCGGGUCCGGGUGGAGGCGGGCAGGGGCAGGGGUGGUGGAAGCAGGAGGACCAGGGCGGGAAUCCGCUGCUAGGUCCGUCGUCGGAUGGGUAUGUGCAUCGGGCGUCGUUCGCGGGCGAUGCGAUGGACUCGGACGAUUUCAUUCCUGGGCUUGGCGGUGGGGGCGGCGGAGGCGCGAGUGGAGGUGGAGGUGGAGGUGGCUUCGGUGGGGGCAUGGAUGCCGGGCCUAGCGAGCCACCGCCACAAUCGGCAUCUUACGCUUCGCAAAACGACUCGUAUGGUCGGGGAGGCAGGCAGGAUGACCGGGACAGAGGCGACAGAGGCGACAGAGGCGGAGGAAGAUUCGGAGCUAGUGGAUGGCAAAACCGGAGAGGUCGUCGUGGUAGAUACUGAUAGCUUACUUGUGAUUACUGAUUCAGUCCUUUUGUCUCACCGCCUAUUUGCCGCCAUAAUCUAUCGUAUUAUUACC